AAGGAUACGAAUCACAUCCGCAGCGGCGAGUGACAGAUACAGUUUCGGCCGCUCCAAUAUUUAGGAGCGGGGGCGCGCUAAGUUGACUUACCUCUGGUUCCUUCACCCCCUAUGGCCCGCUUUACAGGCGAAGCAGGCGCAGCCCUGGUCUUCCUCAUCGGUGUCCGUCUCUCAUGUCCUUCUCUACUACCUAUGCUGAUAGUUCUCACCCCGCGUAGUAUCUGGGGAUCUUCGCAUGGAUGCUCUUCGCGUACCUCACCCACCGCAUCAAGUGGCGGUCCCGCUACUCACUUUUGUUCUUCCACGUCACGAUUCGCCUUGCCUCGCAGGGAUGUGGGAUCGCAUUCGGAAUGCUGGGCUUUGCGAAUACGAGCGUGUUUCUGGCCUUCUUGAUCCUCGGAGCUGAGGGGUACUUCUCCUUGGUGCUCUGCGCCUUCCGUUUCGUCAUCUCCUGGCACCAGCACAAUCUUCCGAACGGUGAAUCUUGGCUGGAGCCGCGGGACCCACCCAACACCAACAAAUGGCGUAAAGGCCUGAUCUUCGCGUUGCUCGGGCCGCUCGCGUUCGUUAUCUAUCACGACAACCCGAUGGUCUUCUUCCACUCCGCGCUCAUUGUCGCCAACGUCGCCAUCGUUGUCGGCGGCUCGUACCUCGCCGGCGCAGACUACACGGACCCGAACUCAGCCGACACACGUAACAGGAUGCUUGUGUCGCGCAUCUCGCGGACGGCAGGGCAGGGAGUCUUUCUCGCAGGCAAUGCCCUGUUGCUGGGUAUCAUCCUGAUUACGAUGCGGAAUAACCGCCGGGAUGGCGACGCUCGCCGGCGGCCUGGGACGGUCCAUCCGACGCUUGUGCUGCUUCUUGUGGCAUGGUUUCCGCUUAUCGUGCGUGGAAUCUUCGGAAUAUUGCAGGCUUGUGUAUGGAGCUUGUCAUAUUAUAAUC